AAAAAUAUAUAUUAAUUCUCAUUUUCCAAUAAAAUCAGUUUUUUCUGUGAAAUUUAUCAAAUAUGGAAUUGCUCGACGAAGAACAAAUUAAAAUCCUUCAAAAUGCUUUCAAAGCCUUCGAUACUGAUAAUCAUGUUCUCACAGAAGACAUUGGAACAAUCUUAGAAAUGCUUGGUCACAAGAUGGAUGAUCAGUCUCUUAGAACUCUCAUUAGGACUCAUGAUCCUCGAAACACGGGAAAACUCAAUUUUGAACAGUUUUGCGCUUUGGCCGGAGAUUACGUGGAUGUUGAGGAAGAUCAAGAUGCCAUACGUGAGGAGCUUAGAGAGGCUUUUCGCAUGUACGACAAAUAUGGUGUUGGAUAUCUAACCACUGACGUCCUUAGGGACAUCCUUCAUGAAUUGGACGACAAAAUCACUGAAGAAGAUCUUGAUAUGAUGAUUGAUGAAAUUGAUGCUGAUGGAUCUGGAACUGUUGAUUUUGAAGAAUUUAUGGAAGUUAUGACUGGUGAGUAAUGUCCAGGCUUUUGUAUUAAAGUUAACGUCUGUAAAAGCUAUUUUGAAAGUAAUAAAAAGAAAAGUGACUGUGGUUCUGUGGAGGUGUCCUGUUGUGUCCUCACUGUAUGUAUCGUGACGAUCGUGACAUCGUUCUUCGUUUAUUUAUUUUUAAAGGAAUAAUAUUGACAGCAUCAUUUCAUUAAUUUUUUCUAUAGGUUAAAUAUUGUUGAAAGAAAGGUUUUGCUGGAUAACAACACAAUUUAUAAAGCCAUCGUCAAAAAUAUCUGACAAAAACUCUAACAAAGAUAUCAAUAGGAAUAAAUAAAUGAGAGAUAAGAACCUGCUAA